AUGACUCCUCCUAUCGAAAAGUUGUUCCCUGUCAUGAGCCAGCGUUCGGUCAAGAGAGGCGCGACGGGCAGGAGCACUGGUGAGUUUCUCAAGACCGCCCGGACGUUCUGUCGUAUUCCAGACGCGGUAGAGUUUCGAAUUCCUUGUCGUGGGGAAGACGCUGAUGAUCCUCCGGAGGGCUAUUUUACUUGCUACGGGUCGUUCUUGGUGCGCUGUCGUUUGUUGUUUCCGAUUCCUGAAAUCAUCGUCCGUGUGUUGGAUCGUUUCGAGGUAUCGAUAAGCCAGCUGAAUCCCACCAGUUUCCAGCAUCUCAUUGGCAUCGUGAUCCUGAGCUAUGAGCAUGGUAUCUCCCUUACCAUCGACCACUUUGAAGCGCUCUUUAGGCUGCAACUGGUUUCGAAGCAGGAUAAUUACCAGUUGUCCCCUCGGAACUACAUGUCGGUGAUCAAGGGGCUUAUCUCCAACUCUAACUCGUUGAAGAAGUUCUUCUUUUUCGUCCGUAUAAGCGCUGCAUCUGUCAAAGAGAGUUGUAUCCCACUGUUCCGGAGUAAGCCGAAUGACAGUCCCUUCAUCAACCCGCUCCCUCCAUUCCCUGAAGACGUGGUCGAAAUGAGGGUUCUCCUCAGGAACGGUCCGUAUUUCUGGACCUCCUUUACGCCGAGGAGAGUUCGCAAAGCUUUGAGGCUCGUGUAUCCUGAUUUCGAAGUGGGCGUGGGAGAGGAUAGUGGUUCUGAGUCCGAUGGUCCUGCUCCUUGCGAUGUUUCCGCAGAGGAGAUGAACGUGAGGUCCUCGAAGGGCAAAGACAUUGACCUUGGUGAUAUAGAUUUCUCCGUAGAUGAUUCUAUCCUCCCAGGAUGGGACCCGGACCUUACUUAUGGUGAUGGUAGCGGUACGAGCGAAGCGCCGAUCCCAGAUUUUGACGAUUUCUUUGCCGGUCUACCCUCGAGUUUCGAUCCUCCCUCAUCAGUGGAUGAAAUGGGAAGGUCUAAGAUAGUCGCGAAGGAUUUCGUAUAAUCAAUGGGGGUCUGAACUUGCUCGGCUCAGCUCUUGAGGCGAGCCACAGGGAUGCCAUGGUUUAUCGCUUCAAGGCGGAGAAAGCUAAAAAGGACCUUGCGUGUAUGCAGAACGAAGUUUUAGAGCGAGAUUCGAAGCUUGCCAAGGAUUACGACAGGGCCAUC